AUGUCCGCAUCCCCGCCCACCUCAGGCUCGACUCGGAGCACCUCGCAAGCAGUCGUGAGCGCAGAGAGCACGGAGUCCGCGCCUGUGAGGGAUCCCCUGAGGAACAACAUCAGCCCGCUCGUCACCGACGUCGUCGCAAACGGCCUCAUCCUCCUCGAGGUCCUCCAGUCCGUAUCGGGCCUCCUCCCCGCCCCGCCAUUCCUCGACACCAUCCUCAGCGUCGUCAAGUGGAUCGUCAAGACCGUCCAGCGAGUCCGGCUGGACAAGAGCCGCGGGCUCCGCCUGAUCAGGCGCGUCGAGAGGCUCGGCGAGGACCUCUGCGCGGCGGUCGCGUACGACCCCGAGAGCGUCGACGCGCUGAUGGCCCGGCUCGUCGCGGGGCUGCUCAAGGCGUUGCUGCAGGUGUACAAGCGGCUCGAGAAGUACCUGACGAAGGAGUUCGUGUACCGCUUCGUUCGGUAUUCGAAGAUCUCAGACGUCAUUGACGGCGCGACGGAGACGCUCGACCAGGCGUGGAAGGUCUUCCAGUUCGGCUCAAGCUUGUGUCUGGCGCAAAACGUGAGCAGGCACGGUUACAACCUCAAACGGCUCGCGAUCUAUGACGAGAAGCAGUACCGCCUCUUCCACCCGGGCGAUAUCGUAUGCCACCGGAAGAUCGGCGGGUGGCCAGACGACGAGAACCCGCUCGGCGAGGAAUGGGAGGGGGUCUACCUCGAGAAGAUCCCGUGCGAGGAGUGGGAGGACCUGCGCCAUGAGCGGCAUGUGCUCGUCCGCAAGUUCGACUCGGAGGAGCAGCCAGGCAAGGAUAAACCGGACCCCGCGAAGUACGUGCACGCGCUGCCCGUCAUAUGGCACCCGGACUACCCGCAGGUCCUGGGAUACUCGCAUCCCUUGUACGACGGCGAGAGGUACUACAUCGUCGAGCCCCCUGCCCAGCAGAAGCCCGCGGGACCCGAUUCGAUCACUGUCGAGCUGCGAGUCGGGGGAAGCGCAAGUGCAUGA